AUGACUGGAGGCCGCUACCAACCACCAGAUCAACCUGGAGCUCUAGGGCUCCUAGUCUACUUGCCCAUGUCUUACUACUUUGACCAGGAUGACGUGACUCUGAAGAAUUUUGCCAAAUACUUUCUGCACCAGUUUCAAGAGGAGAGGGAACAUGCUGAGAACCUGACGAUGAUGCAGAACCAACAAGUUGCAGCCCCGGAUUCCGGCAAGCACACCCUGGGAGACAGUGACAAAGCUGAGGGGCUGCCUGGCCUUCCCCAUGUCACCAAGACAGCACAUGCAGGACCCGUUGGGGCCCAGCCCCUACUCAUGGUGCCCAGAAGACCCGGGUAUGGCACCAUGGGCAAACCCAUUAAGCUACUGGCUAACUGUUUUCAAGUUGAAAUCCCAAAGAUUGAUGUCUACCUCUAUGAGGUGGAUAUUAAACCAGACAAGUGUCCUAGAAGAGUGAACAGGGAGGUGGUUGACUCUAUGGUUCAGCAUUUUAAAGUAACUAUAUUUGGGGACCGUAGACCAGUGUAUGAUGGGAAAAGAAGCCUUUACACAGCCAAUCCACUUCCUGUGGCCACUACUGGGGUAGAUUUAGAUGUUACAUUACCUGGGGAAGGUGGAAAAGAUCGCCCUUUCAAAGUGUCGGUCAAAUUCGUCUCUCGGGUGAGCUGGCAUCUACUUCAUGAAGUGCUGACAGGACGGGCCGUGCCCGAACCACUGGAAUUAGACAAGCCGAUCAGCACUAGUCCUGUCCAUGCUGUCGAUGUGGUGCUACGACAUCUGCCCUCCAUGAAAUAUACGCCAGUGGGGCGUUCAUUUUUCUCAGCCCCAGAAGGAUAUGACCACCCCCUGGGAGGGGGCAGGGAAGUGUGGUUUGGAUUCCAUCAGUCUGUUCGGCCUGCCAUGUGGAAAAUGAUGCUUAACAUUGAUGUUUCUGCCACUGCCUUCUACAAAGCACAGCCUGUAAUUCAAUUUAUGUGUGAAGUUCUUGACAUUCACAACAUUGAUGAGCAACCGAGACCUCUGACUGACUCUCAUCGGGUAAAGUUCACCAAAGAGAUAAAAGGUCUGAAGGUGGAAGUGACGCAUUGUGGAACCAUGAGACGGAAGUACCGUGUUUGUAAUGUAACAAGAAGGCCUGCCAGUCAUCAAACCUUUCCUUUGCAGUUAGAAAAUGGCCAAACUGUGGAGAGAACAGUAGCGCAGUACUUCCGAGAGAAAUACACUCUUCAGCUGAAGUACCCGCAUCUCCCCUGUUUGCAAGUGGGGCAGGAACAGAAACAUACCUACCUUCCCCUAGAAGUGUGUAAUAUUGUGGCGGGGCAACGCUGUAUCAAGAAGCUAACGGACAAUCAGACUUCCACAAUGAUCAAGGCAACAGCACGGUCUGCACCAGACAGACAAGAGGAAAUUAGCCGAUUGGUAAGAAGUGCAAAUUAUGAAACAGAUCCGUUUGUUCAGGAAUUUCAGUUUAAAGUUCGGGAUGAGAUGGCCCAUGUAACAGGACGUGUACUUCCAGCACCUAUGCUACAGUAUGGAGGACGGAAUCGGACAGUAGCCACACCAAGCCAUGGAGUAUGGGACAUGAGAGGGAAACAGUUCCACACAGGAGUUGAAAUCAAAAUGUGGGCGAUCGCUUGUUUUGCCACACAGAGGCAGUGCAGAGAAGAAAUACUAAAGGGGUUCACGGACCAGCUGCGGAAGAUUUCCAAGGACGCAGGGAUGCCCAUCCAGGGCCAGCCUUGCUUCUGCAAGUAUGCGCAGGGGGCAGACAGUGUGGAGCCCAUGUUCCGGCAUCUCAAGAACACCUACUCAGGGCUGCAGCUCAUUAUCGUCAUCCUGCCAGGGAAGACGCCAGUGUAUGCGGAGGUGAAACGUGUAGGAGACACACUUUUGGGUAUGGCGACGCAGUGUGUUCAAGUCAAGAAUGUAAUUAAAACAUCUCCUCAAACGCUCUCAAACCUGUGCCUAAAAAUAAAUGUUAAACUCGGAGGAAUCAAUAAUAUUCUUGUGCCUCAUCAAAGACCUUCUGUGUUCCAGCAACCGGUGAUAUUCCUGGGCGCAGACGUCACUCACCCACCGGCUGGUGACGGGAAGAAGCCUUCUAUUGCCGCUGUUGUAGGUAGCAUGGAUGCACACCCCAGCAGAUACUGUGCCACAGUAAGAGUUCAGAGACCCCGGCAGGAGAUCAUUCAGGACUUGGCCUCGAUGGUCCGGGAACUUCUCAUUCAGUUUUACAAGUCAACCCGGUUCAAGCCUACUCGGAUAAUCUUUUAUCGGGAUGGCGUCUCAGAGGGACAGUUUAGACAGGUGUUAUAUUACGAACUACUAGCAAUCCGAGAAGCCUGCAUCAGUUUGGAGAAAGACUAUCAACCAGGAAUAACUUACAUUGUCGUUCAGAAGAGACAUCACACUCGGCUGUUUUGUGCUGAUCGGACGGAAAGGGUCGGUAGGAGUGGCAACAUUCCAGCUGGGACGACGGUGGACACAGACAUUACACACCCGUAUGAGUUUGAUUUCUACCUCUGCAGCCAUGCUGGAAUACAGGGUACCAGCCGUCCUUCACACUACCAUGUUUUGUGGGAUGAUAACUGCUUCACUGCGGAUGAACUUCAGCUGUUAACUUACCAGCUCUGCCACACUUAUGUGCGCUGCACACGGUCUGUCUCUAUACCUGCGCCCGCGUAUUAUGCUCACCUGGUGGCAUUUAGAGCCAGAUACCAUCUCGUGGACAAAGAACAUGACAGUGCUGAAGGAAGUCAUGUUUCAGGACAGAGCAAUGGGCGAGACCCCCAGGCUCUUGCCAAGGCUGUGCAGAUUCACCAAGAUACCUUACGCACAAUGUACUUUGCUUGAAAGUCCAGCUAUCUUCUCUGAGAGGAAGAGCAGAAAGAGAAGUGGACAUACAGGAUGCAUCUUCCCAGUGGGGUCAGCUGAGUGGGGAUGCCUCCGGCCAUGCAAAGACCAA